CCCUCUGCCUGGUCGUUCCUUCCCUCGUAUCUGUUUCAGCUUCAACCAAGACCCAAAUUUGAACCUGAAUUGAACUUGACUCAUGCUUCAUUCAUCAUCAACCGCCAUCUUCACCUCCACCACCGCCAUCGCCAUCAUCAUCCCUUCUGAUAUCAUCCCUACAAUAACAGCGCCUGCAACCUUGCCAUAGAAGCAUCGCCCUCAACCACCCCAUUCGCCUCUCGCCGGUCCAUCUAUCUACUGUAUAUUCUCAAAAACCCGCAGGGCCCGCGGAGGUCACUUCAUCGCAUGAAACGAAGAGUCUCCGAAACCCCUCAUUCGACGACAUCGUCUCAAGCCGUUCCAAGCUGGCACCGCUAUCGUCCCCCGUUCACUCUUGAACGUCCACCAUGGGCUCCUUCGGAGAGGUCACGGAAUUUGGUCAUGGCUUUCGUUCACAUUUUCUUCACGAUCUCAAGUACACAAAUCUCAACCAUGGCUCGUUUGGCACAUACUCCUUACCAGUUCGCAAUGCUUUAAGAGGCUACCAGAAGCUGGCUGAAUCGGCGCCAGACCGAUUUCUUCGAUACCAGUACGUGGACCUAUUGAACAAAUCUAGGGAAAGGAUUUCAACCCUUCUCAAUGCCCCUGUCGAUGAUUGCGUCUUUGUCUCCAAUGCCACCACGGGCAUCAACACAGUCCUUCGCAAUCUCCAGUACAAAGAAAAGGACUGUAUCAUCUACUUUGACACAGUCUAUGGCGCCAUCGAAAAGACGCUGCUGUCCCUCGUCGAAACCAAUCCGCAAGUCCAGCUGAGGAAGGUUGGCCAUGGACAAGACUUUGCUUACUCUCUCCCAUGUACACAUUCCGAAAUUUUGAAUGCUUUGUCGCAAACUAUUUCUAGGGUUAUUUAUGAUGGCCUUACCCCCAAAGUUUGUGUUUUCGAAACCAUCGUCUCUAUCCCAGGAGUUCGAUUUCCGUUUGAGAGAAUCACCAAAAUGUGCAAGGAAUAUGGCAUUCUUAGUGUCAUCGACGGCGCUCACGGUGUCGGACAAAUUGCUCUUAACUUAACCCAACUUGAUCCAGACUUCUUUGUUAGCAACUGCCACAAAUGGUUAUAUACCCCACGAGGGUGCGCGGUGUUUUACGUGCCGGGACGAAAUCAACACCUCAUCCGUACGACCUUUCCCACCUCUCACGGCUAUGUACCUGUCAGCGCAGCAAAUGUCCGUCAAGUCCUCCCAGACACCGGCAAGUCUCCUUUUGUCAGUCUCUUCCAAUUCGUCGCCACUGCCGACAACACUCCUUACUACUGUGUACCUGCCGCUCUGAACUUCCGUCAGAAUCUCUGUGGUGGCGAAGAAGCCAUCUACAACUAUAUUCGUGACAUUGCUCAACGAGGAGCUGACUUGCUCGCCAUGCUUCUUGGUACUGAAGUCAUGGACGACCUUGACGCUGGUUUUGGACUCAAGACCAUGGGUAGCUACGAAGCUAGCGUCCAUAGAGAAGGAGGAACUUGCGGAUGGAAAGGCGGCCUCCGUGACUGUGCAAUGGCGAACGUACUUCUUCCUGUCACCAUCGUCGGCGCCACCACACGUGGCAGCAUCAGCAUGGGACCUGGCGGUGCUGGUAGUGCUGGCGGUCUCUCGCCGGCCCUCAGACAGAGUUCUUAUGGGUUCCCUAGCGCCGGCGCAACAACCGCUAGUACCACUGCAUCGCUGCGGGCGGCAUCUGGAAGCUCUCUUCUGGAUGCAUCCGUUCGUUCAUCGUCUCCGUUGAGUUCCCCUAGCCUCUAUGCAUCUGGGCCAAUCAUUAUCCAGGAGGAGGAUGUGAUGAAGCAUGUCGAAUGGAUGCAGAAAACUCUGUUGGAUGAAUAUAAUACUUUUGUCGCCAUUUACCAGUACGAUGGAAGACUGUGGACGAGGAUUUCGGGUCAAAUAUACCUGGAACUCAAGGAUUUCGAGUGGCUCGGGGGUGUACUGAAAGCGCUAUUGGAGCGUGUGCGCUCUGGUGAGAGCCUAAGGGGCAAGAAUGCUGCUCCAAUCCUUCGAGAUAUGGACUUUGGGAACCUGGCUAUUACUCCGACGGCAUCGAGGCAAGGACCGGGAGCAUCAGUGAGGCGGUACGAUGCCGCCAGUGGAAGCUGGGUCGAUGGCUAGAUGAAGACAAUAUUUCAAUACAU